AUGGCACCCCAUAAAGUCCCGAUUAUCAUCGGUGUUGGGGAGGUCAAGAACCCCUCACGCCGAAAAGAAGAUGCCAUCGAGCCUUUACAUUUGAUGAGAGACGCAGUCAAAGAGGCAGCCUCUGAUGCUUGCCAUGCUGGUGCACCCGCGAUUAUCUCUUCCAUUGACAGCGUAAAGGUUGUGGCGAGCUCGACAUGGCAAUAUAAAGAUCUGCCGGGGCUGGUGUGUGAAGGACUAGGAAUCAAAGCCUCCCAUACAUCGUACAGUGAGCUAGCUGGAAGUGCAUCUGUGCAGUUGAUUGAUGACACCGCUCGAAUGAUUGCAAACGAACAAAUCGAAGUUGGGGUCGUGGUAGGCGGGGAGGCUAUGGCAUCAUUGAAGGGUCUUAUCAAAGAUGGCACAUAUCCGCCUCCUUGGACAGUACCAGAAACAGCACAGGUCUACUACGCCAAUGAUACCGACAUGUUCACUGGCAUUGGGCGCGCUCAUAGAGUUGGUGUCCCUAUGCAUGUCUAUGCGAUGUAUGAGAACGGUUUGCGAUGGCGAAGAGGCCAAAGCCCCCUCAAAAACCUUGAAGAAUCCUCUUCACUUUACGCUCGAUUUGCCGAUAUUGCAUCGCAGCACCCAAUGGCAUGGAAUUCUGGAAAGAGUCUUCAAACUGCCAACGAGAUCGGAAAUAUCACGAAGCAAAACAGGAUGAUAUGUUUCCCUUAUCCGUUGUUGAUGAACGCUUUCAAUGACGUAAAUCUUGUCAGUGCUUGUAUCCUCACUACAACGGAGUGCGCUGAACGAAUGGGUAUCUCGCGCGACAAGUGGAUCUUUCCACUUGGAGGUGGAAGAGCAGAAGAUUCUAAAGACUUCUGGAACCGUCCUAAUUUCUACUCCAGCCGGGCGAUAGCUUGUGUCCUCGAUAGUUGUUUCCAGUCGUCCGGGCUCGGCAAGGAUGACAUCGAUCUCUUCGACUUUUACUCUCAAUCUAACACUUUGGCCCAGGCCGUGGCGGAGAUGGUCCGACAGUUACGGAAGCUUGGUGGUCUUCCCAAGCCCUCAAAUGGACUUAUACUCGCCAAUGGAGGCGUUCUGACAACCGAAAAUGCAAUUUGCCGAUCAACACAUCCUCGCAGAAGCAAUGAUCAGUAUCCUACGAGCGCUAACAACCAACUUCUUCCAGCCAGUCAGCUAACCCCACCAAUCAGCAUGCACGGGGAAGGGGAGGCCAUCAUCGAGACAUAUACGGUCGAGUAUGAUCGAGAAAACCGCCCCCGACUAGGCCAUAUUGUGUGUCGCCUCAGGAGUAACGGACACCGUGUUAUAGCAAACCACGGUGAUAUAAUUACGUUGGAGCAGCUUUCCAGAUGA